CAGGUGCCACAAGACUCCUCACUGUUUUUUGCUGCAACAGACUAACAAGGCACACCCCUCUGGAAAUCCUGACAAAAUGGCCGCUGAGCAGAGGGAGUCGCCGUCCCAGGCUGCCCAGUUCCAGUCUGGGGAGAUGCCUUGUCAGGUGAAAGAGGAGCCAGAUGAUGGAGUGUCCCACUGCUGGGGUUCUCAGGAGCUCUUGAAGGUCGUGUGCGUUCCUGACGCAGGAUUUGGCUAUCCACAAGCUCUGUGGGAUGAUGCAGGCGCUCCCAUUGAGGGAUUGGCUGCCACUAGCCGGUGGCCUAGAAGAAAUCAAGCCAUGGUGGGCCUACCGGGCCUCAAUGGAGACACCCAACCGGCUUAUAUCGGUCCAGAUGUGGACGGAGCAUCCCCACGAGCCUAUAAGAGCCCAGGCCGCCUCGGAGAAUACGAGCCGGCGAAGGAAGAAGAACUUCACGAGCUUGCCCAUGAGACAGAAGCCCGACGUCAACGUUUCCGGGGGUUCCAAUACGAGGAGGCCACGAAUCCGAGGAAGGCGUGCCUGCGCCUGUGGGAGCUCUGCCGGCAGUGGCUGCAGCCGGAGAGGAACGCCAAGGAGGAGAUGUUGGAGCUGGUGAUCCUGGAGCAGUUCCUGGCCAUCCUGCCCCCGGAGAUGCAGGGCUGGGUUAGGGACGGUGAGCCCGAGUGCUGCUCCCAAGCGGUGGCCGUCGCCGAGGAUUUCUGGCUAAGGCAGCAAGAGGCCCAGGAGAGCUCAGGAAAACAGGUGCUAAUACAUCCGGGAUCCGUGAAUCUCCCCGAAGCGGAAUGGGCUCCGUUGGAUAUCGAACCAAAGCAGCUUUACAGGGAGCCCAAGCGGGAGGAGGACACUGGAGACACCUGCGCUGUGGCAGGUACUGAAUGGACUCCUGGCAGCGAGGAGGAGGAGGAGAAGCCAUAUCUGGAAGGUCUGGAGGAAGUGGGACCCCAGGCAUUGUCCACAGAAAGAAUUUCUUUGUGUCAGGAGAAUGGAGGAAUUUCUGCACAUCAGCCUGAAACCAAACAGGCAAGCUGCCCUGGAAACCAAGAGCGUAAAUCAGUUCCUCCUUUGGGAGGCGACAAGGACUUCAGUGAAGCAGAAGAGGAAAGGAUCUUUAAGAGCAACGGACAAAAUCCAGGUACUGUGGACGAGAAGACCCUCAAUCAGACUAUGGCCCUUAUUUCUCACCAGAGAAUCCACACAGGAGAGGAGCUGCACAAAUGUUUGGUGUGUCCGGAAAUGUUUGCAUUGAGAUCCAGCCUUGCAGCGCAUGAAAGGACACAUGUGGAAGAGAAACUGUAUUCCUGUUUGCACUGUGGGGAAAAUUUUGGCGGGAGCUUGGACUUUGCUCAGCACUUAAGAUCCCACGCAGGGGAGAAACCUUACAAAUGUUCGGAAUGUGGAAAAGGUUUCCGCCAUUCCUCCUCUUUCACUAGCCACCUGAGAAGUCAUGUGGGGGAAAAGCCGUUCAAAUGUGUGUGGUGUGGGAAAAGUUUUGGCACCCGGUCAGACCUGAUUAGGCAUGAGAGAUCCCACACAAAGAAACCUUACAAAUGCUCAGAUUGCGGGAAAAGUUUCUGCCAGAGCUCACAGCUUAUCACUCACCAGAGCGUCCACACAGGAGAGAAACCUCAUCAGUGCCUCGAGUGUGGGAAAAUGUUCAGUCGCAGCUCGCAUCUGAACGGACAUCAGAGAAUCCAUGCCAGCGAGAAGCUAUAUAAAUGCUCAGAUUGUGAGAAAACGUUCAGUGGGAGGUCCCAUCUCUAUAGGCACCAGAGAAUCCACACGGGAGAGAAGCUCUUUAAGUGCUCCGUGUGUGGGAAAUGCUUCUGUAUGAACUCAGACCUUAUUGCACAUGAGAGAAUUCACACGGGACACAAACCCUACAAAUGUCCCGACUGUGGGAAAAGCUUUAGUCAGAAGCAACACCUCACUAGCCACCAGAGAACCCACACUGGAGAAAAGCCAUAUGUCUGCUCGCACUGUGGCAAAGGCUUUAGCGUGAGCUCCAACCUCAAUACGCAUGAGCGCACCCACACAGGAGUGAGGCCCUUCCAGUGUUCCGACUGCGGGAAAAGCUUCAGUCAGAAAUCACACCUCAUUGGCCACCAGAGAAUUCACACGGGGGAAAGGCCGUAUUUGUGCGUGGACUGCGGGAAAAGUUUUGGUUCGAGCUCCAACCUUAUGGCACACAUGAGAACCCACAAUGGGGAGAAAGCAUAGGAGAAUUUCUGAUAAAGCUGAAGAAACUCGAUGAGAAAGGACUCCUCACUCUAAUCCUUCCCUCUCCCCCCCCCCAUUUAUAUUUAUUUGCAAAAGUUCACAUUCAGAUCCUGUGGAUGAUACGGAAGUAGGGGAUUUUAGGAAACAAAUAAGAUAGAACAGUAUUUGGCAUGCUGAUACGUAACUGUUGGUGCUGAAUGUUAAGGCAAUAAAG